UCUCAAAAUAAUUUCAAACGGCGACUACUCGAACUACAUUAGCAGUUACGCCUCUAAAAUGUCAACAAGCACCCUCACCACCCUCCUAGCCUCCGUCCGCUCCGCCCUCGCCACCCCGUCCUCCCUCCUCCCCUCCACCUCCUCCGACCAACAAGCACGCCUCGACCUCAUAGACCUCCUCCCCGAACUAAACGCCGCCCUCAUCGGCGACACCGCUCACCUCCGCGAACUCGCCUGGUCGGCAAUCCACGUCCUGCCCCUCGCCGCCAUAUCCCGCUGGAAACUCGCCUCACACGUGCCCCUCGAUGGCGAGAUCACCUACCACGAGCUCUCUUCCAAAACCGGCAUCUCCUCGCCCCUCCUAAAACGCAUCCUCCGGCACGCCAUGACCAGCCGACUCUUCCUCGAGCUCCCCAGCGGAGAAAUAUCCCACUCCCCGACCUCCCGCCUACUAGUAACAAACGACGGCCUAGCCGCCUUCGUAGACCUGCACACCGAGACGGCGCUGAAGAGUAUAGCGCACACGCUCGACGCGCUGGAGAGGUGGCCUGAGUCGACGGAUCCGCGGGAGGGCGGGUAUAGUCUUGCGCUGGGGAGGGGGGGCGAGACGAGCGUUUAUGAGGAGGUGGCGAAGGAUGAGGGGAGGAUGGUGGGGUUUGGAAGGGCGAUGCGGUUUUUUAGUGAGGGGGAGGGGUAUGAGGUUGGGAGUUUGGUGGAGGGGUAUGCGUGGGGUAGGAUUGGGAAGGGGGUUGUUGUUGAUGUUGGCGGAGCAAACGGGUUCGCGAGCGCGGCGAUCUCGAAGGCGUUCCCGGAGUUGGAGAUGGUGGUGCAGGAUAUUCAGGAUAUGAAGGUGGAGUAUCCGGGUGCGAAUAUUAGGUGGAUGGUGCAUGAUUAUUUUACGCCGCAGCCGGUGGUGGGAGCGGAUGUUUAUUUGUAUCGGUUUGUGUUUCAUAAUCUGUAUGAUGAGAAGGCGGUUGAGGUUCUGAGGGCGGCGGUACCGGCGCUGAAGAAGAAGGGAGCGAGGAUUUUGAUUAAUGAUGAGUGUUUGUCGGAGCCUGGGAAGGUGAGGUGGAGGAAUGAGAGGGCUGCGAGAGGUCUAGAUGCCAUCAUGCUAGCUUGUAUGAGUGGACGAGAAAGAGAAUCAAGUGAUUGGGAAGGUUUAUUUGAGAAAGCUGAUCCUAGAUACAAGUUCCUCUCAGCGAAAAUUGCUCCACAAUCUAGGUUGUGGUUGAUAGAGGCUGAAUGGACUGGAUGAUCGGCAAAAGACGAAGCUAGUCCGUGCAGAUCUUAGCUAUACAAGUACAUCAAGCCCAUCAAGUUGAAGGCGGGCCCCUUUUUUAGCGAGCCGAGUUGCUACAGUCUUUGAAGAAUGGAGGAAUGAUGUAGACAUUAAGAUUGAAUUGUUUGGGAUUGAGACUUUCGUCUUGCUUGAUUUAGCCUUAAGACUUUUGGAACAGAU